AAUAGCUUCCCAUUUUCUCUACUUCUUCCCUUGCUUUUUUUCCCGGUACAUCCCCCACACUGCCACACAACCACCACCUCGCCGCCAUGCGCCACCAUAACAAGGUACUCCUGCUCUCAAUCUCUUCAACUUUUUCAACCAUUCCUAAGUUUCCUUUCUGCCUCUAAAUUGUGUUUCUGCUCCAUUAAAAUCACAGACAUGGCUUCAAAAUUGAUUACUCUAGCCCCCCAUGAAGCCCCAAAUCAGCUAGAACUCUCUCUUAGAGAAUCUUAUACCCUUCUUCAACCUAAAUUAACACCCCCAUUAAAGUUAAUUAUCCCUUCCCCUGAAGAGUACAUAAACCUAAAUAAGGCAAUUGUUUAUGGGGUUUUAUGUGAACCCAAUUUGGCCAAAACUCAUAUGAAAUACUUACAUGCCAUUGUUAAUGAUGGGUAUUGCUUAUUUAUCCAUUUAAUUUCACAAAUUGUUGAUGGGUUGUACUCAAAGAUGUUGGAAUUCCCUAAAGUUCAGUUGAUUUGGGUUGCUUCUGUUAUGAUUGAUGUUUCUGGGGUAGGUUUUGACAGUCUUUUGGUAUCUCUUUUGAGGCAAAUUGUUGGUGGGGAUUUCAGUGAAGGGAAUUUAUGGCUUAGCUUUGAGAUUGUUAACCUGUUUACAUCGAAAUGGGAUUCGAUAUUGGAUGAAGAACCCCUUGUUUUAUCUAGUGCUUUGUACACAUAUCUUAGGUUAUUAGCUGAUCAUUAUCGCCUUGCGCAAAGUCCGAAAUUGAUAGUGUUAAAGAGGAAAGAAAUUGGGUUUUGUGUUAGAAUGUUGAGAGAAAAGUUUCAUUUGUGCUUGAGGAUUGGGAGGGAUUUAGUUCGUCUUUUACAGGAUUUGGUUCAUAUUCCUGAGUUUCGAGCUAUAUGGAAGGAUUUAUUGUUGAACCCUAAUUCGUUUCAGACUUCUGGGUUUACUGAUAUUUCUCAUAUUUAUGGGAUGAAGACAUCUAGUAGGUAUUUCUUACUUAGAAUAACUCCUGAAAUGGAAACUCAGUUACGGUUUUUACUUACCCAUGUAAAGCUCGGUUCUCAGAGAAGGCACCAAGCAUGGUUCACUAGGAAAUUCCUUUUUGCGCCCGAAAGAGAGACUCUUGUCUCUGACAUUGUUCGGUUCAUCUGUUGUUCGCACCACCCCUCGAAUGAGAUACUUCAAUCUGAUAUAAUGCCGAGGUGGGCUGUUAUUGGCUGGUUGUUGAAAUUAUGUUCAAAGAAAUACUUUGAAGCUAAUGUGAAGCUUACAUUGUUUUAUGAUUGGCUGUUUUUUGAUGAAAAGGUUGACAAUGUUAUGAAUGUUGAGCCUGCAAUGUUGUUGAUGGUAAACUCUAUACCUAGAUACAUUGAUAUAACCAAUUCUUUACUAGAGUUUUUGUUACUGGUUGUUGAAAACUAUGAUAUGGAUAGGAAAAAUGUCAUAUACAAUGGUGUGUCAUCUGCUAUAAGCAUGCUAGUCAGUAAAGGAGUUAUUGGUUCCCUUGACAUUUUUAGUUCUUGCAAGUUGUUGUCUCCUUUUGUCAAAGAGAUGCUUCAAAGAUUUAUGUCCAAGGUCCAAUCUGGAAAUCCUUCUCCUGAAAUGCCACCUGAAUAUCUUUCUUCUGAAAUGCCACCCCAGACUUCGCCUAAUCCACCCUAUCUGGAAAUUCAGACACACCAAUCUGCUAAACUUCGCGCAUGUCCUAGAAAUGCUGAAUUGAGUGCUCAACACAUAUCUGUAUUGAAACCAACUUCAGCUGCUUCGUUGUGCGAGGGCCAAGUUGACAAUUUGACAAAUUUGAUCAGAAAAAUAAGAGAGUUCAUGAUAAUUUCAAGCAAAGAAGGCCAAAAACUAGUGGAAAACAUCUUGCGUUUGUACAUAAAUCCUGCUAAUGAAGGAAAAUUUGGUGGUAUUGGCUCUGAAUAUUUAGCAUGUGAGUUAAAGAAGGAGCUUGAGUUGGCUGGCUACAACCUUUUUUCACCUGUUGGAAGUCUUCCAAAUAGUGAUGAUAAUGCUGAUGAUGAAGUCCAAUCUGUCACUGCUGCGAUAAUCCGUACAUUCAUCAUUUCUCAACACCAAAGUAUUAGACUGAUGUUAUUCUGGUGGUCAAGGAAUGGCUGUUUAGUUGGACCUCGGUUAUUGUCGUAUGCAUCAAGACUUGCACAUGAAGCACAUGAAGCAGGCUAUGGAGCAAGUUACACCACUGACAUCAAUUAUACAAAAAUGCCCUUGCUGAAGAAUCACAUUGAAGGAUAUAUGUCACUUACUACUUCUGGAAAUGAUGAUCAUGUUAAUGGAACAAUUACUCCUAAUCCCGAGGUUGAUAAAAAACUAAUCUCCAAGAUGAUUGAUAGUGCUUUUGCCUCAUAUAGGAGUAUCUUUUCACAUGCUAAGGAUUCUUUAAGUAAAGAAGUGGGUAUAGUUCCUGGUAAACUCCUUUCAAUGGAUGUGAUUUCUUGUUCUUUAUGGAAGAGCAAAUUUUUUAAGGAUCUCUUUUGUUAUAUCUUCUCUAAUCUUCCUGAUAUAUCACUUAGUGAUGAAGAUGUAAUCCUGUUACUUGUCACUCAGUUGGAAGACACUGAUCUUUUGUACAUGCAAAUGGAUUUGGGAUUGAAAAGGGUCACUAUAUUUGGUGAAGAUGUUAAAAAGGUUCUUCAACUAAUUAGAAGGUCUAUUUACUGGAAACAAGUUGAUCAGCACAACGUUUGGGGAUUAAUCAGAUCAGAACUCACGGUAUCCGAGUUUCCUGUUGAGAAGUUGCUUUUGGGCUGUUUCUUCUCAACUGAUUUUGAUUCAAAGACUAGUGGUAUUGUUGUUGGAGGUCAUCUUGCACUGUGUAGUUCUUGUGCUCCCACACCAGAAAUUGUUGGUGCUGUUAUGUUAUUGCCCAAUGAUAAGUUCCCUGGUUUUGCUGGUGCCAUUUUCUCUCAUUGGACUGUAACCAAUGCAUCAAUGUUCUGCAAUAGUGUAGCUGAUUUUUUGAAUAAACUCGGGAAUAAGAACGGGAAAUCUCCUCUUGAUUGGGACGGUUUCUUAAUCAACCAAUCGGGUCUCUUGUUUUUGUUAGAAUAUUUCAAAGCACAAGGUGAAAGAGGCGUUAACAUGCUGGAGAAACUGGCGUUAAUUUUAUCAAAUUUAGAAAUAAGACCCGGGGAAACUACAGUUCCAAUGGAUACAGGAUGACUCUUAUCUUGUGUGAUCAUGGUAGCAUCACACGGCCUUUUGUUUGAUAACUGGCGCAUGAAAAGUUGCACUGGCAAACGCUUUAUUCUCCCGAAUACAGUAUAACAUCCUUGCUGAUAGGGAGAUAUAUUUUGCUCUGGAUUGAUCUGCAUCAACACCUGAACUUCAAUGUUGAUCUGGAUUGAUCUGCAGCAACACCUGAACUUCAAUGUUGAUCUGGAUUGAUCUGCAGCAGCACAUUGACUUCAAUGUUGAUCUGGAUUGAUCUGCACCAAUGCCUUGACUUCAAUGUUGAUUAUGGUAGAGUGAGCAGGCGCAAGGUCCCAAUCUCAAAGUUGUGGCAGCUAAGCUGGCUACUGAUCUGCACGUACUGAUCUGCACAUCAGUUACCUGCAUUUUCCAUAAUGAGAUGCAACUGGGAUAGCCAACAACUUGGCUGCUGUCUGACGGUCUGACCGGGUUUUCCUCCUCACAGGAACAUCAAAUACUGAUGGAUAUCAUCGAUCCGUGCCCUAGAUUUCUCCAAGAUGGUGGGAAGCAAAUAUUGCUUUGUAUAACUCUCAGAAGGCUGUUUGGGAUGAUGCAUGAGUAUUGCUGAUCAACAUGAGCCCGCCCCGAAAAUUAGCGGGGUUGGACAGAAUGUUUAGGCCCGGUCUCCAGGCCCGGCCCAAAAUUUAAAAACUUUGACGGGUUUUGGCCAACGCAAAACUACAGUUUCAGUUCUUAAAGUGUCCCAUCCCGAAAAAUGACCCGAAUAUUUUUGGUCUGAAAUGGCGGGUUUUGGGUACACAAAAUCAGCCUGAAGCUUGGCCCGACCCGGCAUGAUGGGCAGAUCCUCAAGACAAUGGCCUGGCCCGAACACAGCCCGACCCGUCUUUUGAUCAGGUCUAUUUCUUACCAGCAUCAAAGCUCUAGAAUCUGGAUGCAACCAACUCAGUCAAGCCUGCCUGAAUUUUCUAUGACAGAAACCAGUAAAGGGUUUUCUCAACUUCACUGCUACUUUCUUCAGAAACACGGGAACACUCGCAAUCGCUCGAGACUUACUUUCUUCCGAGAAUGAACAUCUUCGUGUUCUAGAAUGCAGAUCGUUAAUCAUGUUCAUACGAGACACCAGUGUUCUCCUACACAGCUAUGCGCCUCUAUACCGCAGUAAGCCAGUAAGGCCGUCUGCAAGUUUCUCAAGUCUGUAACUUUUCUCUUUUCUUCUUUGAUUCCAUAUUGGCUUCUCUAAAAUGAGAACUCUCUCAAUGUAUAUAUGUGAGAAAAAGAUUUUGUAGAUUAGGUGUAUUUUUCUCCAGCAUUAUUCCAAUUGUAUGGAUCUAUGUUUGAGAAUAUGCUUUGUCAAUUGUCAUCAAUGAAUUACUAGUAUGGACAAUAUAUUAACAUUUAUCAGAUUAUGUGUUAAAAUGAUGUUAAAA